AUGAGCCAAGUGGACGUGCCGUACACGAGCCAGCGGCUGCGCUUCGUGGUCGAGCCGGCGCUGGCCGACGAGAUCCAUGGUGGCACGACUGCAUUGCGCAAGGGCUGCCACCUCGGCACGCUGGCCGAGCAGGUCACGCCAGGCACGACGCUCGAGCGCGACGCGUUUCUCGCAUGGAUGAAGGCGGCGAGUGGCAUUCAGACGGACCGCGACUUUCGUUCGGCGCACGCGCUGCUCGAGCUGCUCUACCACGCCUUCUCAGCGUACAGCGUCGACAUGGUAGACCUCGCGAUCGGUGCCAUGACCGUGCUCGACGGCUCGACCGAAGACAAGCUCCGGACGGCGCUGGCGCUCGUGACCGACGACGUCAUCACGGAAGGCGACCUCGUCCGCGUCCUCGGCGGCUUCCUCCUCGGUCUCUACUGCCUCUUUGCGGGCGCCGACGACGAGAACAGCCACGCGCCCGACGCGAUCGUCGAGCUCCUCACAAACAGCGCCGCCAAGACCGUCCACGGCCUUCUUGAACAGACGCCGACGCUCACAUUUGAGCAUAUUUGGGACUGGUACCUCCUUGUGGGCGCCACCGAGGCGCCGUACCUCAAGCUGCUCGACAUGGACCGGUGGGCGAUCGAGGGGCGCGCGACCGUGUCGCCGCCGCCAAGCACGAGCGACGGCGUCCUCUUUGGCUUCGUAUCGGAGGGCCACGUCCUCGGCGUCCACGAAGCGCACGCUGUGGAGCUCGAGGACGUCCUCAUGGCGACGCGCUUUCCGGUGCUGUCGCCGCAGACGCUCUACGAUACCUUCUUGCACCACACGCUCGACGGGUGGCUUGACGAGCUCACGUUCAUCGAAAGCGUCAACGAGCUCACGUGCAUGACGUGCACGAACCACGUCAUGGACGACGACAAGCUCAUGGGCACCAUGCGAUCGCUCUUCAAGCAGUACCUCGGCGGCGCCCACAGCAAGACGACGGUCGACGCGUUCGAGCUCGCCGCCGGCUUUAGCCUCUUUGCGCACGGCUCAAAGAGCGACAAGCUCGCGGCCGGCUUCCAUUUCUUCGAUACGGACGACCUCGGGUACCUCUCGAAAGGCCAGCUCUGGCGCUUCCUGCGGUCGGUCAUCCUCACGAUCCUCGGGCUCGCACCGCCGUCCAUGCCGCUGCCAACGUCGUCGAUCCUGGCGUUUGUCGACGCGGGCGGCGCGGCGAUCUUGGAGGCGCUGGACGCACCCACGUACACGUUCGAGACGUUUGGCCGGUGGUACAACCAAGGCGGCUUCCAGCUCUUGAGCUGGCUCGAGCUCCUCGACCUCAAGAAGUGGUCGUUCGUCUACGGCGACUUCAACACGUCGAUCUUGGACAAGACUCCGGUGCAGCCCGUCUCGGCCAGCAUGUACUACACGGCCAAGAACAUUCGGGCGACCAACCAGAAGGACGACGCGGGCUCCAAUGACAACCACAAUGUGCAGAGCAACGGCGGCGGCCUCCUGCCGCUCGACUCGAUUCCGGCGCUCUGCCUCAAGAACGACGUGGUCCUCGCGUUCGACCUCCUCCUCGAGUCGGACUUGCACCCAGUGCAGAACCUCGCCUUUGACAAUGGUGAUCUGCUGCACUACGCGCAGCUGCAGCGGGACACGGACCUCUAUACGCUCAACGUCAACGCAGUACACAAUGCGUUUGCAGCGUACAUUGACGUGCACAACGGCCUCGCCACCAUCGACAAGGGGCGCUUUGACGCGUGCAUGGGCGCGCUGCUGCCGCACGCCCUCGACCGGUCGGGCCUCGCCGCCCUCUUCUUUGCGUUCAACCGGACUGGCACCGGGAAGCUCGACGCGACCGAGUUUGUCUCGGGCUUCCUCCUCCUCGUCGGCGGCUCGAAGAGCAGCAAGCUCGCAUUUUGCUUUGGCCUCUUUGACGAAGACGGCGACGGGUUCCUCACGCGCCGGGAGAUGUGGAAGUUUUUGCGCUCAUUCCUGACCAUGCUCCUGGCGCUCGGGAACGGCGCCGACUUGUCGGCCGACACGAUCGGGUACAUCUGCGACGCCGCGUGCAUUUCGAUCGCCAAGAGCAUCUUCAACGAGUCGAUGAGCGGCGACGACCUCGUGCUGCGCUCCAAAGUGGCAUUUGCCGACUUUGCCGACUGGUACUCGGAGAAAGGGUACGCGCUCAUCCCGUGGAUCGAGCUCCUCGAUGCCAAGAAAUGGCCCGUUGUCGACGCAACGAUCGCAAAUGCUGUCAGUAGCUUCACCGCGUCGACGGCCGCCGGCCAAGAAAAGGAAGACGCGCUGGUCGAGACAACGACGACGGUCGUGAGCAGCGCCGGCGGGUACCCCGCGAGCACCCAAGACGGCUACAAGGACUCGUCCUCGGUGGUCUUUCAGUUCAAGCUCACGUCGUACGAUGCGACGAUGCUCCGGAUCCGGCUACGGGACGUCGCGGUCGUCUCGACGAUCGCCGACAAGCUCCGACUGCGGCUCUUGACGUGCGAAGCGCUCUACACGAGCCUUGACAAGUUUGCGAAGGGCAAGUGCCUCACCAAGUCGGGGUUUUUGUAUGCAAUCCGGAGCCUCGCGCCCAAGGAAGGCUUGAGCAGCGAAGACCAAGAGUUCCUCUCGUACCACCUCCUGCGGCUCUUUUCACUUUACGAAACCGAGACCAACCUCGACGGCAGCGACGACGACUCGGAGACUAUGAUCACGACGUCGGUUCCCGGCUCGAUCAUGGGCAGCGCGGUCGACAAGCUCCACUUGUUGUCCGGGCUCAGUAUCCUCUGCGCAGGUUCGAAAAGCAACAAGCUCGGCGUGCUCUUCACGCUCUACGACGUGCACCACGACGGCUGCAUCUCGCGCCGGGCCCUCUUCGAGCUCUUCAAAAGCAUCCUCGCGCUGCUGUUUUCAUUUUCGCUGGCCGAGGCCGCGUCGUCGUCGUCCAACCUCUUUGCUGCCGAGCGCGCGGCCGGCGCCCUCACGUCCCAAGUGUUUUGCGAGACGCAGUCGCGGUCGUCGAUCUCGCUCGGCGUCUUUGCCGAGUGGUACAGCGCCGGCGGGUACCAGUGCUGCCCGUGGCUCGAGCUCCUCGACCUGAGCAAGUGGCCGACAAAGGCGGCGAUGGACGCCCACGCACGCGAGAAGCCGCUCGCGUACGCCUUUGACAUGCACGAAGAAGGGAGCCUGCUGCAGUACUCUGAGAAGGACAUUGCGACGUACCUGAGUAUGCUGGACGCGACGCAGUUCCUGUCGCUCCCGGUGGCCGCGAUCCACGAAGCCAUCGUCGCCAACGCGCGGCCGCAGCAUGGCAGUACCGUCGACGGCGGCGGCCUCGUCAUCUCGCGCGCAAGCUUUUAUCGCUGCAUCCGCAAGCUCAUUCCGCGCCAAGCCAUCAACGAAGAAGGCCAGCAGCUCGCGUCGCGCCUCCUCGCACGGCUCUUUGGCGUCUACGACCGCAAGAAAACUGGCAAAGUCCAAGCGCUCGAGCUCGCGUGCGGGCUCACGAUCCUCGGGCACGGCUCCAAGAGCCAGAAGCUGGCGGCCGCGUUCGAUCUGCUCGUGUCGUUGGCCAACAAAGGGUCGCCCCAGCAGACCAAGCUGCCCCAUGGCAUGCUCUUCUUGUAUUUGCGCUCGUUUCUCUUAGCGCUCAUGGUGCUGAGUGAUGCGCGGUACCGGUCGGGCCUCGAGCACAUGUACGUCGAGGCGGACGAGGUGGUCGGGGAGGCCACGACCAAGGUCCUCUCGGAGAUCACGCUGGACGCAAGCCUCCGGACGAGGAACCGCAUCUCGUUCGAGCAGUUUGGCGAGUGGUACAACGGCGGCGGCUACGAGACGCUGUCGUGGGUCGAGCUGCUUGACGUGGCCAAGUGGCAGCACGAGACGUCGACGCCGCCGACGCAGCAUGGCGUCCGCGCCUCCGACAUUGGCCUUUCGCCCGCCUCAUUGCACGACCCGGUGCUGCUCGAGAUGCGUCUACCGAGCCGGCCGCUGCGCUUCACCGCGUCCGGUAUCCAAGGACUCCGCGAGUGUCUCGUGCACUUGGAGCUCCAUCUGUACGCGCCGCUGCAGCUCCUCACGGUGCUCAAGAGCUUCCUCAAGCGCCACGAAGCACCGUCGACCGACCUCCUCUCGCCGACGGUGCAGGUGGCGCUGACAAAGGACCAGUUCCGAAGCGCGCUGCUUCAACUCUGCGCGACGCACGCCCACUGCACCAAUAGCUACGUACUGAGCUUUGCGGACGCGGUGUUUGCGGCAUUUGCCGCCAACACGGACGACGCGGCCGAUGCGCGCAUCCGGCGGCGCGCGACGACCGUGCCCCUCGUGCACUUGCUCUGCGGCCUCAUGGUCUUCACGGACGGGUCGCUCCUCGAGAUCCUUCUGCAUGGGACCGCGCUGCUGUGCUUCACUGCGUUUACAGAGCAGCUCGUCGACGACGUGAGCCAGCACCAUUUCGUCCCACGCUCGAUCCUGCAGCUCUGCCUCGAGGCCUUUCUCAAGAUGCUCUACGCCAUUAGCAGCAGUAGCCUGGACGUGGAGAGCCAUAUCGAAGGCAGCGCCAAGGCCGGCGCGAAAGCUUGUGUCGGGGGCUUCGCGCCCGGCGGGCCCGACGAGAUGGUGUCGAUCGAAGCGUUCUGUAGCUGGUACCUCGAGCGCAACGAGCACGACUGGCUGCGACUCGUCGUGCUGGAAAACUGGCCACCCGAGCUCCUCGAACUCAACCUCGCCAACCGCGCGUCGCAAGCCACGUCGUCCUAG